AUCCGACGUGGCAGUAUUGAAAAGCUUUGUGUGGAGUUGAUUCCAUGGCGUCUGCCAGUGCGUCUUUUGUUCUUCCUUUGAAACGAUUGAUUAAAACACAAAAGUGUGGAACGAUUCAUCGAAGGCCAGUGAUCGUAGUCGAUUGUAGAAUCAACAAUAGAAGGGAUUUUGGAAGGAAUGGAGCGCAGAGGCUUUUAAUCUCGGCGCAGCAGCUCCAUCACGAUCCUUCUUACAAUUUCUCGUGUGGUAAUGGAUCGGUGUCGGCAACAGCGGAUCAAAAGCAGCAGCUCAUCAGUGAUAACAGCAAGAAUGUGGAGGAACACUUGGAAAGAAUGAUCUUCAAUUGUCGAUUUUUCACGCUGUUUGCAGUGUUUGGAUCACUCGCUGGAGCUCUUCUUUGCUUCGUUAAGGGAUCCACUUACAUCGCCAAAUCGUUCAUCGAGUACUUCCAGAAUUGCCAUUCCGGUGUUGGAUCUGGAAAAGUCAUACUGCUGCUCGUAGAAGCUGUCGAUGUCUAUCUGGUUGGAACAGUGAUGCUCAUCUUUGGAAUGGGAUUGUAUGAACUCUUCGUUGCGAGCUUGGAUGUUCCCGGAGGCUACUGUAUGGAAGGCUCGAGGACUACCGUUUGUGGAUCCAACUUAUUUGGUCUCUUUAGAUUGCGAGAGCGUCCAAAGUGGCUGGAAAUUCGAUCCUUGGACGAGCUCAAGACAAAGCUCGGGCAUGUUAUAGUAAUGGUGCUGCUCGUUGGGAUGUUUGAGAAGUCGAAGAAAAUUCCAGUGACUUCCAGCAUGGAGCUUCUCUUCUUCUCCACGUCCAUCCUCUUGUCAUCGUGUUGUUUGUAUCUUCUCUCCAAGCUACACCACUAAUACCAAAAGAGCGAAAUAUUUUCUACUUU